CGAGUCGCCCGCUGGAAUUUCAAAUUCAGGGCCCCCAAAGCGGCGAGGUCAAAGGGGAGAAGCAGGCGUCAAUCAGGAAGCAUUUAAUUACGACGUACCGAGAGCGAACUAGAGACGCGAUCUGCUCUCCGCGCAGUGUCGCCUUCAGGCCCGUGAGGUCGGGACUUUGCUAUUCCUAUUUGCACAUUAAAAAAGGAUCCGAGAGGUUUAGUCACUUGGCCAAAAACGCCCAGCAGGGAAGGCCCAAGGCAGACCCCCAGGCUCUGGAGGUACUGUCUUCUCGCAGAAGGCCCUUGGCCUUGCAGAAAGUCGCCUCCUAAGACCUCUAACCCGCCCGCGCGACCCCCGGUGCCCCACUGAAAAGUCCAGCGCACAGGGCAGCCCCCUCCCCCGAAGCUGGUGCGCACGCGCAGAUGUGCCAAACGCUGGGCCCGUGCAGGCGCCUCUCUAGCCCGCGCGGUGCAGUGGUCCCGCGUCUCGCUGGUGAUGACGGACAUCCGGGGCGGUUGGGGAGGCAAGAUGGCGGCGCCCAUGGAGGUGGCCGUGUGUACGGACUCAGCGGCCCCGCUGUGGAGCUGCGUUGUGUGGGAGCUGCACUCGGGCGCUAACCUGCUCACGUACCGCGGCGGCCAGGCAGGACCCCGCGGCCUGGCGCUGCUCAAUGGCGAAUACCUGCUGGCGGCGCAGCUGGGCAAGAACUACAUUAGCGCCUGGGAGCUGCAGCGAAAGGACCAGCUCCAGCAGAAGAUCAUGUGUCCCGGGCCUGUCACCUGUCUGACCACAUCACCCAAUGGUCUUUACGUCCUGGCGGGAAUUGCAGAAAGCAUAUAUCUGUGGGAGGUCUCCACCGGGAACCUUCUGGUCAUCCUGAGCCGGCACUACCAGGACAUCUCCUGCCUGCAGUUCACGGGGGACAGCAGCCACUUCCUGUCGGGGGGCAAGGACUGCCUGGUGUUGGUGUGGAGCCUCUGCAGUGUGCUGCAGGCCGACCCCUCCAGGAUCCCUGCCCCCCGGCACGUCUGGUCUCACCACACGCUCCCCAUCACAGACCUGCACUGUGGCUUCGGGGGGCCUCUGGCCCGGGCGGCCACCGCCUCGCUGGACCAGACUGUGAAGCUGUGGGAGAUCUCCUCGGGCGAGCUGCUGCUCUCAGUGCUCUUUGACGUGGGCAUCAUGGCCGUGACCACAGACCUGGCCGAGCACCACAUGUUCUGCGGCGGCAGCAACGGCUCCAUCUUCCAGGUGGACCUCUGCACCUGGCCCGGGCAGAGGGAGCGGAGCUUCCAGCCAGAGCAGGACACCGGGAAGGUCUUCAAAGGACACAGGAACCAGGUGACCUGCCUGUCGGUGUCCACUGACGGCAGCGUGCUGCUCUCGGGCUCCCACGAUGAGACCGUGCGGCUCUGGGACGUGCAGAGCAAGCAGUGCAUCCGGACAGUGGCGCUCAAAGGCCCCGUGACCAACGCCACCAUCCUGCUGGCACCCCUCAGCAUGCUGAGCUCGGACUUCAGGCCCAGCCUACCGUUGCCCCACUUCAACAAGCACCUGCUGGGCGCCGAGCACGGGGACGAGCUGCGCCGUGGGGGCCUCACCCUGCGGCUGGGCCUACACCAGCAGGGCUCUGAGCCCAGCUACCUGGAGCGGAUGGAGCAGCUGCAGGCGGUCAUGUGCAACACCAUGGAGAAGAACGUCCUGGGUGGCCAGGACCAGCUGCGGGUCCGCGUGACCGAGCUGGAGGACGAGGUGCGCAACCUGCGCAAGAUCAACCGUGACCUCUUCGACUUCUCCACGCGCAUCAUCACCCGGCCGGCCAAGUGAGGCGGGGCCGCUGCUGGGGCAGACCCCGCCCCAGGAAGCUCGUCUGGCAGAGUGUGGUCCGGGCCCCUGCGCCAGCCAGCCAAGCGGGGCGAGCCUUGCCAGAGGUGGCCCCCAACACUCCGGGGCCAGACUCGCUGAGCCAGUGUUGUAUUUUGUUUGGGGUUUUUCGUCCUGUGAUUGGGUGGAUUUGUCUCAUGUCACUGCACUGAUGUCUUGUGUCACGUUAGGUCAUGUUGGUGCUGGUCAGUUUUUAACAAAAGAUGACACGAAAACUC